AUGAAGGUGACCAUUCUAUCAGGACCCGAUCGACCAGAUCUUUUGAAAGAUGAAUGUCUUCACGAUAUCUUCCUACAGACAGUUGCACGUUUUCCAAAUAAAAUCGCUCUUCAUUGGCAAAAUGAGAAAAUUACUUAUGGAGAACUCUAUCAACAAGCUCAUCAUCUUGCUUUGAUACUACGUGAAAUAAAACAAAUCAAAUCAGGUGAUAUUGUUGGUAUUCGACUAUCGCGUUCGGCACAAUUACAUAUAACAAUUCUUGCCGUUUUAAUGACUGGUGCUACCUAUGUUCCAUUCGAUGCAGAUACUCCAAAUGAACGUGUAAGAGAAGUAAUUGCUGAUCUUCAAAUUGUUCUUCUUCUAGUAGAUUCUCAAACCUCAAUUAAUCAUCCAUUAGCAGUUAAUAUUGAAGAUGUAAGAACAAAUUCAUUGAUUGUUAAUAGUACUCAUUCGUUAGGGGUAUAUACGGAUAAUAAAUCAGCUGCAUAUAUCAUCUGUACAUCCGGUUCAAGUGGAAAACCUAAAGCGAUUGCUAUUAGCCAUCGAAGUAUCUGUCAUUUUAUACGUGCUGAUAAUGAAGUGAUGCAAAUUAAACAUGAAGAUAUUGUUUAUCAAGGUUCAUCAGCUGCAUUUGAUAUGUUUCUUGAAGAAACAUUUCUUUCAUAUUUUGUUGGUGCAACUCUUGUCAUUGCUUCGAAGAUGGAUAUCUUAAAUAGUGAUCGAUUACAUCUUUUCUUUAUUCAUCAUUCGAUUACUGUACUCUUUUGUGUGCCUACAUUAUUAUUUCUUAUGAAUAAUGAUUCAGCACUUAAACUUCGUCUAAUCAAUACGGGUGGUGAAGUUUGUUCACAGAUUCUUGUUGAUCGUUGGUGGAGAGAUGAUCGAAUACUAUUUAAUUCCUAUGGUCCUACAGAAAUAACUGUAGCUGCUACAGCACAAUCACUUCGACCAAAUCAACCGAUUAGUAUUGGUGUUCCAUUACCAAAUUAUGUAUGUUGUCUACUUGAUGAAGAUACGGGUCAACCGACUUCGAAAACAAUAGGUGAACUAUGUAUUCGUGGACCAGGCGUUGCUAUGGGUUAUGUCAAUCGAGAAUCAUUAACGAAAGAAAAAUUCACUGAAUAUGGAUAUCGUACAGGUGAUCGUGUAUCAAUUCAACAAGGACAGAUCUUUUUUCAUGAUCGAAUCGAUACUCAAGUAAAACUUCGUGGAUUUCGUAUAGAACUUGGUGAAAUCGAACAGGAAUUACUUCGCCUAGAAAAUAAAGCUAGAUCAGCUGCUGUGAUUAUUCUAAAUGAACAACUCAUUGCAUUCGUUGUCACUGAACUCAGCGAAUCGAUUAUACGAGAAGAACUUAGACGACGAUUACCUUCCUAUAUGAUACCUGAUCGAUUGAUAAGAUUAGAUAGGCCAAUGCCUUGUCUACCUAGUGGAAAAAUCGAUCGUCAAUCUCUCAUUACUCUCUUACCAACAAAUCAUAUCGAGAAAUCGAAAACCAUCAUAACAACAACGGAUUUAGCGAGUUGUUCUACAAAUGAAAUCAAUAUCAAUAUCAAUCCACUCGAUAUUGUUCUCAGUGCCUUUCAGAAGACGUUUCCCUAUGCACACCCAGCAGCAAAUGAUGAUUUUUUUCUUGAUCUCGGUGGUCAUUCUUUAACUGCAGCACUUACCAUAACUGAACUACGUAAAUCAUUCCCGAGCAUUGCUGUAUAUGAUUUAUAUAAAUAUAAAACUGCAGCUAAAUUAGCUGAAUAUUUAAUACAAUUUCCUAAUGAUAAAAAAGAAGAAAAAACUUACAAUGAUGCUAUUACUUUUAUUAAACCAUCAUUUACAAGAAUUAUUCUCUGUAGUACUAUUCAAAUAAUAGUUCUUAUUAUUCUUAGUGGUAUAGCUUCAAUGGAAUAUAUUCUACCUUAUAUUAUUUUCACUUUAAUUUUGUCCGAACAUAGUAUUAUUUGUGCAUGUUUUGGUGCCUAUGGAAUAUGUGUUAUUGUACCAUUAUUUCGUUAUACUUUUGCUAUCAUUGUCAAAUGGAUUAUUAUUGGUCGAUAUAAAGAAGGUGAUUUUCCUCUAUGGGGAUCGAUGUACAUACGAUGGUGGAUAGUAGAACAAUUACGAAACAUAGCUGUGCAACAAACACUUGCCGAUAGUCCACUUAUGAAUAGUUACUUUCGUCUUUUAGGUGCUAAAAUUGGUCGAAAUGUUCAUCUUAGUUCAAUUCAUUGUGCAGCUCUUGAUCUAUUAGAAAUCGAUGAUGAAACUACUAUAUCAUCGGAUGUUCAUUUUCAGACUGCGUUUGUCGAUGAUUAUACAUUAAAAUUGCGUCGUAUAUAUAUUCAAAAGAAUGUCUAUAUUGGAAGUCGUAGUGUAAUUAGCGGACAAACAAGAAUGGAAGAUUAUGCUGAAUUGAAUGAUCUUUCAUUUCUUCCACCAAAUACAUGUAUACCUUCAGGUGAGGUAUGGCAUGGUUCACCAGCCACCUAUUCACAUCAGGCUACUUCGAAACCAUCCUUCAUAGAAACUACGAAUAAUAGUUUGUCAUCGACAUUAACUUGGUUUAUCUUUAGUUUAAUUGUUUUACUAUUGAUACCAAUGUUCUAUUUUGCUCCAAUAAUUCCAGGUCUUAUUCUUUUUGAAUAUAUCGAUAUUUCGUCUGUAUCAAAUUGGAUUCAAAUUUUCAUCUUUAGUCCAAUCGUUGGUAUUCUAUACACAUGCUUAGUAAUUGUACAAAUUAUUAUUGUACGUUAUGCGAUUGUUGGUACUUUAUCAGUAGGUGUUUAUAGUACAAAAUCGUUGGUUUAUAUACGAAAAUGGACAUUCGAUCGACUUCUCGAUAUUGCCUUACAUGUUAUUCAUACAUUUUAUGCCACACUGUAUAUGACACCUUUUCUUCGAAUAUUAGGAAUGAAGAUUGGUCAACGUUGUGAAGUAUCAACUGCGAUUGGAAUGGUUCAUUCAUUAGUUAAAAUUGAUGAUGAAUGUUUUAUAGCUGAUAAUGUGCUUCUUUGUGAUCCAAAUAUUCGAUUUGGACAAAUGGAAUUAAAAGAAACAACAAUUGGUAAACGUGUUUUUAUCGGCAACUCAGCCAUUAUUUCCGAUGGGAAAGAAAUACCCAAUGAAUGUCUUAUCGGAUGUAUGUCUUUGUUAGCAGAUGAAUUACAAGAGAAACAAUCAUGUCUUGGUUCACCUGCAUUUAUUUUACCAAAACGAGCAGAAGCACCAUCUGAUAUUUCAGAAUAUUUUACAUACCGACCAUGUGCACGUGUAAUUUUUCAACGAUUUUGUAUCGAUACAAUACGAGUAUUUUUACCAAGAAUUAUUAUUGUCUUGGAAAUUGGUAUAGCUAUUGAAAUUUUUGAAAACUUUAAUGAUUCGAUUAGUACAUGGUAUUGUCUUCUCAUUCUACCCAUUUUAUAUAUUGCUAUACUUGCUAUUCCAUCGUUACUAUUUUGUAUCUUUUUGAAAUGGGUCAUAGUCGGAAAAUAUCAAGAGAAUCAUUAUUCAUUGUGGAGUUGGUUUGUUUGGACAUCAGAUUUUGUUACAGCGACAUAUGAACAGUUGGCUGCUCCUCUUGUUCUUGAACUUCUUCAAGGAACUUUCUUUAUAGCUCCAGUCUUUCGUUGUUUUGGUGUUAAGAUCGGAGAAAAUUGUUGUAUUAAUACUGUUCAAAUAACAGAAUUUGAUUUAAUCAAUAUUGGUAAUAGAGUUGUAUUGGACAAUGGAGUUGAACUUCAAACUCAUCUUUUUGAAGAUCGUAUUAUGAAGUUAGGUGCAAUCUAUGUCGAAGAUGAGACAAAUAUUGGUUGUGCAUCAAUAAUGUUACCAAAUACUCGACUAGGUUUACGGGCAAAAUUAGGACCUCUAAGUUUAGUAAUUAAAGGCGAAGGUAUUCCUGCUCAAAGUAUUUGGCAAGGUAUUCCAAUACAAAAAUAG